AUGAGUUACUCCUCAAUGAACGUAGACAGUGCCAGGAACAGGCCCUGCAAGGCAGAUCUCAGUGGAAGGGAAAAAAGGGCUUCGAGAAAGGAGGUAAAGGAGGCAAGAAAGGGAAAGACUCUUAAGACCAACAAGGAGAAGAGUCCAGAGUGCUGGGAUGGAGAAGGGGCCAAGAAUAAACCCAAGGAAAGGGCUAAUCUGGCCCAAGAAGAAGAAUCAGAUUCAGAGGCAGUGAUUUUAAUGGCACAUUUUGAUGAAAAACAACCAGAAAGCACUGUUUGGUACCUUGAUUCUGGGUGCUCCACUCACAUGACUGGGACAAAAUAUUGGUUUGUGAGAAUGCAGAAAAAGAAAUACAUGAUGAAGAUGGAGGACAAUUGCCUCAGCAUCUUCAAUCAGAAUGGGAAGGGUGUUGUGCAGGCACAACUGUCACAGAACAGAACAUUCAAGGUAGUGAUGGAGGCAGUAAAUCAUCACUAUUUUACUGCACCAGAAAGUGAAGAAGAAUGGUUGUGGCAUUUCGGAUAUGGGCAUUUGAAUUUCCAGGAUCUAUCAAUGCUAGGUCAGAAGAAAAUGGUGAUUGACUUACCAAAGGUAGACAUUCCAGGAACUGUUUGCAGAGAAUGUGUUCAAUGUAACAUUUGGUGGCAGCAAGCAGAGUGUAUCUCCACUGAUUUUAGAGAGUAUUGUGAAAAGGAGGGAAUUGUUCAUGAAGUAACUCCUCCCUACACGCCUCAACAUAAUGGGGCAGCAGAGAGGAAAAAUAGAACAAUCCUAAAUAUGGUAAGAUGCAUGUUGAAAAGUAAGGGGCUGCCUAGUUUCCUAUGGGGUGAGGCUGUGAUGACAACUGCUUAUGUGUUGAAUUUGUCUCCAACAAAGAGACUGGACGGUGUCACACCAGAGGAGGGUUGGAUUGGAGUGAAGCCAGAUGUUAAACAUUUGAAGAUUUUUGGUUCCCUAUGUUACAAACAUGUUCCAGAACAGCUGAGAAAGAAGCUUGAUGACAGGGGAUUUCCAUUGAUCUUGAUAGGAUACCAUGUUACAGGUGGGUACAAGCUGUAUGAACCUAUAACAGGUGCAACUUCAAUUAGCAGAGAUGUGAGAGGAGAUGAAAUUGGAGAAUGGCAAUGGGAGUUAAAAGAGAAAGAAGGACCAACCAUUGAGUUGGAAAGUGAACCUGCAGCAGAUUUAGAGGCAUGCAGGAGGAAGGAGAGUGUUAGGAGGUCAUCUAGAGUCACCCAGAUGCCAACACAUCUGAGAGACUAUGACCUGGCCUAUGAGGCAACUAUCUGA